AUGAUUAAACAACAGCAACCACAACAACUUAAGGCACAAACCAUUACAUACGCCACAUAUGCAUAUAAUUCAAAGACGGCAGAACAAACACAAAGGUUGAAAUAUGGAGAUUUGGAGAUAGUAUUGAAAAAUGACCAUUUCGAAUUCGUUUGCAAAGGUGGAGCGGUGAUAUCAAAUAUAAAAGAAAUUUUAUUUAUGAAUUCAAAAAUUAAAGGAAUAACGGAUGAUAUAACAUCAAUUCCACCAGAAGAACAAAGAUAUUACGCAUUAAAUGCAUUUCCUAAAGUUUUGAAGAUUGGAAGAUUUAAUUUAAAUGAGGAAUUCAUAAAAGGUUUCCUAAAUGACAUAAUGAAGAAGGCGGAUAUGGAAUAUGUGGAUAGUGUGUUAGUGAAGAAGGCGGAUAAGGAAUAUGUGGAUGAAAAAGAUAACGAAAUGAAAGAAAGGGUUGAAUGGUAUCAUGAAUGGACAUCAAAAAUUUUAAAAUCUAAAGCUGAUACAGGGUGGGUUUCAGGAUGUUUAGACCUUAAAGCAGAUAAAACUUAUGUUAACGAUGAGUUAAUGAAGAAAGCAGAUAAGGAAAAAGUUAUUUCAUUCAUUAAUACUGAGUUAGCAAAGAAAGCUGAUAUGGAUUGGACAUCGGCGACUUUUAACGUUAAAGCUGAUACAAAAUGGGUUUUAGCAUGUUUAGACAAUAAAGCUGAUAAGGAAUACGUGGAUAGUGAGUUAAAUAAGAAAGCAGAUAUGGAUUGGACAUCGGCGACUUUUAACGUUAAAGCUGAUACAAAAUGGGUUUUAGCAUGUUUAGACAAUAAAGCUGAUAAGGAAUGGGUUAAUACUAAAUUAAAUACAAUUCUUGAGAUGAUUUACCCCAUUGGUUCAAUAUAUACAUCAAUGAAUUCAACAAAUCCGGCAAGUGUUUUAGGUUUUGGUACAUGGCAACAAAUAACCGAUCGUUUCUUAUAUUGUGCUAACUCAUCAAAACAAACUGGUGGAAGUAAAACAAUUACGGGCGAAAAUUUACCUGCUCACAGUCAUUACGUUAAUUUAAACACAACCGAAGCAGGUUGGCAUAAGCAUAGAUAUUGGGAUUGGUCCGGAAUGACAAAAGGUAAAGGAUAUGAUGUUAAAGAUGACGUUAAAUUUGCUAUUAAUUGUUACUGGAACGAUACACAGGGUUCAGGUAAUCAUACACAUAAUGUUUCAGGAUAUACACAAACGACGGGACAAAGUAAAGAAUACAUGCCGCCCUAUAUGACAGUUUAUGCAUGGUUUCGCACGGACUGA